AUGACUGCACCUUCGACACUGAGCUCGACUGAAGCUGGUCCUUCUCGUCUUUCUCCCCCUCCUCAAGCGCCAUCACUACGAGACAGACUGGUCCCUCCCAAGCAUGUAGGAAUGACAACUCUCGAUCGUUCUUUGUUCACCGUACGAUUCCCUAUCGUAUCUUAUCGAGUCCCUGCCAGUCGGAUAUCUCAACUACGUGUUCAUCCAUCUAUCAAAGGACAGAUGCUAGAUAUACCUAGAGUCAAAACAGUAGACGUUGUACACGAUGACCCUUCACUCAGACUAUUACGUAUGAGGGUUGAAUCAACAGACGAUUUACCCUCAAUAACGAAAGAAGUGCUUCGAGCUGAAGAGGCAAUACCAGUCUCUGAUGUUGUGGAGUUGGGAUAUGACUACUGGGCAGCAUCCGAAAUCCUUCAUGCUGUAUUACCUGACACUGAAGGUCUCGACAUUCCCAGUGCGAUCACCAUGACAGGUCAUAUUGGUCAUAUCAAUUUAUUAGACGAAUGGCAACCGUAUAAAAACCUAAUAGGUCAAGUUCUCCUCGAUAAAAAUAAGAAUCUCCGUACAAUCGUUAAUAAACUCAAUACCAUCCAUGCACAAUAUCGAUACUUCGACAUGGAAAUCUUAGCCGGGGAUGACGACCUCAUCACCACUGUAAACGAACAAUCUUGUUCUUUCACAUUUGAUUUCUCCAAAGUAUAUUGGAAUUCACGUCUUGGAUCGGAACAUGAACGUUUGGUGAAAUCAUUUUCAGAUGAAGAGGUGAUAGCGGAUGUUAUGGCUGGUGUUGGACCUUUUGCUAUCCCAGCUGCUAAGAGGGGUUGUUAUGUUCUAGGGAAUGAUUUGAACCCUGAGAGUGUGAAAUGGAUGAGGCAUAAUCGUGUGCAGAAUAAGGUUGAAGAAACUCUUCGUGUGACAGAACUAGACGGAAGACAAUUCAUCCGGAUGGCCGCUUAUACAGCAUGGACAGAACCUUUCCAACCUUUCGUCACCCCUUCUAACAAACGCAAGGCUUUGAAAGAAGCUCGACGGAUCCGAGAUCUUACCAAAUCAUCGUCCCAAACCUCUACCCCAUCCCCAUCCUCUCUUUCCUCCCAAAACGAGAUCGAAUCAUCUCCAACAAAGACCCCUCAAUUGAUAAACCACUUCAUCAUGAACUUACCUGAUUCCGCACUCGAAUUCCUAGAUGCUUAUCGAGGUUGUUAUCAUCCAUUACUUUCCAUUCCGGAAUUCACCGAACGAUAUGGUUCUCAAGGUGAUUCAUGUCCUAUGCCAUUGAUACAUGUUUAUUGCUUUACUCGUGAGAUGGAACGUCAUGGGGCUGAGAGGGAUAUCUGUUCGCGAGCAAGUGAACGAUUGAAUCAUACUGUCUCAUCUACGAUGGAAAAUUACAAUCUUCAUCUAGUCAGAUCUGUCGCUCCUGGGAAAGACAUGUAUCGUCUCACUUUUAGACUUCCCAAACAAGUCGCAUUUCGACCCGUAGAACCAUAG